ACAGAAUGCGUGUUCUAAUGCGCACUUAGAAAAUAUCAAAAUUUGAAAUUGUUCAGAAGCGAUAUUUUAUAUUUGAACAUCUGUUUAUUUGGAUUUCUCGUUAAAAAUAAGGCAAAGAAUUGCAGAAAAAUCAUUCUGUGUGUCUGUAAGGUAUGUAUAUAUAUUCAGUACAAGGAUAUUCGGUUUAAAUUUGAUGUAAAAGUUUAAAAUUGCUUAAUAUAUAAAGGGGCGAACAGCGAACGGGAUUAGUCGAGUACUGCAGACUUAUAUCGUUCGGCAAAUUCGUAUGAAAAAGUACCGAACUUUCGCCCUUAAUGCGAGGCUUUAUUUGGUGUUUUAUCGUGUCUGCAAAUAUUGGCAAAAUGAUCGAUUAUUUUGUGGGAAAACGUGCAAACAAAUUGAGGACUUGAGGUGAAUAAAUUGUCAACAAAAUAUGACAAUAUGGUCAAAUUUAUAAAAAUUUACUGCUAAUCCCAGAUAAGUGGCUUCUAUUUGGCUUCGUAAAAUUCUAAUUUAUGUCUUGCGAAACUCGCAAUUUUUAUCAAAAUUGUUUACUAUAUCUCAGUUUGUUGCAUGUUUACAAUAAAAUUGUCAUGUCAUGUAAAGUUGUUGAUCUUCGGACCGCAUAUGAUAAAGUUCAAUUAUCAGUAAAAUAUUAAAUUUCUGUUUACGUGUGUGUAUUUUAACGAAGUGGAUGCUCUGCACUUAAGAGCAAAUGUUUUUUUCAAAUUAGCUUUAAUUUAUAGUACGUAGCAUUUCAAAUAUGGGGGUCCAGUGUGGGUAGUAUUUUACAAUAAGCUGUAGUUUUCAAAAAUAUGAAGAAAAAAAAAUCCGAAACAUCAUAUGAGCUCAUUGUUGUCUUAUUUUGACUCAUGACUUGGGUUUCAAGUUGCUAAUCUCAAACAUGGUGAUAUGGUGUAGGUAAAUUCUUCAAUAAGCUGCCGUGGUUUGUGUCUGAACUACCUGAGAAGGAUAUCUCAAACGUGGUGGUCCAGUGUAGUUGGUAUUCUACGAUAAGCUGUCGUGGUUUGUGUCUGAACUACCUGAAAAGGAUAUCCCAAAUGUGGUGGUCCGGUGUAGGUAGUACAAUAAGCUGUUGUGGUUUGUGUCUGAACUACCUGAAAAAGAUAUCUCAAACGUGGUGGUCCAGUGUAGGUAGUAUUCUACAAUAAGCUGUUGUGGUUUGUGUCUGAACUUCCCGAAAAAGAUAUCUCAAACGUGGUGGUAGGUAGCAUUCUACAAUAAGCUGUCGUGGUUUAUUUCUGAACUACCUGAAAAAGAUAUCUCUUUAUGGUGUGACCAUGUUUGGUCCUAGCAUUUCACUGCCAUUACCUGUAGUUUGUUUUUUGAUACAGUUAAAAACGUUAAAUCAUAGUUCAAAUAGUAGGGUAUAUUAUCAGGUUUAAAUCCAUGGUCAAUGCUUGUUGUCACGUUGGCAAGGAAACCGUGUCUGGAAUUUAUUCAAUUAUACAGCUCAUUUAAUAUUCAGGAAGUAUAAAAAGUGUUUCAUGACAAAGAAAGUUUGUUGAUUCCCUAAGAAGCCAAAGUGAUUUUAAGUGGCUAUGUAAAAGACGGUUUUGUUUUGCAUUUAACAAGUUUGAGAAGUUUUAAAAUAUAAUUAGCCAUACCCUUCAUACCAUCAUGAUUUCAAUUUGUAUUAUUAUAUUCUAUAUUUGAACAGGUUAACUUGUUCAGCUAUUGAGUUCAAUUUCGGGUAUCCUACAAGGACCUGUGUUUACAAAUAAUACAAAAAACUCUAUUAGAAAAAUGUCUCUAAAAAGUCAAAUUAAGUCAAUUAAUAUUCAAAUUAAGUUAAAUUGUGGUUAGCUUUUAGCAACUAGACUCUGCGGCUGAGUGAUUAGAUCCCCACAUCAGAAUUACAGGAACACAGAUUCGAUGCCUGUCAGAUGGCCUACAGUUGUGUUUUUUACAACGGCUCCCUUGCAUGAAAUUUCCAUCUAAAAAUCCUCUAACAACUGAAAUUAUUAUACACAGUAUGAAAUCACAUGUUUGGCAACAUUUUUAUAAUAACUUUGACCACAAAUGUUCCGAAAACUUUGCAAGUUUGUUGCGAAGUUCAAAAGUUCAUAAUGAGAUUCACAAACCAGUUUGUAAACUACACAUCUGAUUGGCUUCUUUUACUUCAGGGACCAAUCAGGGACUGUUUUGCAAAUAGGCUUGUGAAUUCCAAUAUGAACUUGCAACCUUCCCAACAAAGUUUGGAACAUUUGUGGUCAAAGUUUUGUGAAAUCGACUGUAAUAAUAAUUUAGGUUUACUAAACUCUUUUGCAGUUUAAUGUAAACUAGAUACAAAAACUGAAUUAACCCAUUGAGUGGCAGCACUCUUCCCCUGACAAGUAAAAUCAUCUGGUGUUAGACAGAGUAAAAUAAUAAAGUUAAGGGGAAUAAGGGUGCAUCUGGGUGCAUUGCCACUUCCAUAAAGGGUUAACGAGUCUAGAUUUGACCUAUCAAUAAGAAAAGGGAUAAAAGGAAAAACUAUUUACACAACGUUUCAAUACCUGCAAACUUAAUAUAUUAAUUAAUUAGUUAUUUAAAUGUCUGCAUGAUGAAAAGUUAAUCAGAAUUACAGUGGUGGAUCCAGCAAAGUUUUUUUUUUGGGGGGGUGUGCUAACCAAUGGCAAAACGAGCGUCGAAGGCGGAAGAUUUCUAGGGUGUUCCGGGGCAUACUCCCCCGGAAAAUUUUUUAAAUUUGGGUCCCUGAAAUGACAUUUCCAGCAUUCUGAGAGAACAUUAUGGAAAAUUUUUAGAUUCUCAAAACAUUUAAAACAAAGUAGGUUGCAUCAGGUGCAAUGCAAUUCAGUGGGUUUAAGUGGCAUUGCUGAUCAUGGACCUCUCAUGUGGCCUACUUUGUUAUUUUACUCUGUCCAAUGCCAGACAAUUUUACUAACUUGUUAUUGGGAAAUUAGUGCAGCCACGUAAUGGGUUAAGAAGAAUUUUAAUGGUAACAAGAGCAAUGUUCUUUGAUUUUUCUAGUAGCCAAUGGAUUGUUUGUUAGGGAGGACAUGAAGUAAGUAAUAAUAUAUUAUAUUUUUUUAUAAUUUGUAGAUCACUUUUCGUCAGAUAUAAUUGAAUGCAUUAUAUAAUAGAUGCAGUAAUGUUCUUUUAAAAAAAUAUUUCUGGACAACCAUUGAUAAAUUGAUUGCCUCCACCAUGUUUUCAUACAGAUGAUUUUACUUGUCAAGGGGAGAAUCUAAUGAACUUUAAUGGUUAACUCUUUUUUUUCUUUAUUAUCAUGCGUAGGAGUUUGUUUCGUUCAAAGAAUCGUCGUGAUUCUUUCCCGAAGACCCACAGUUCUCGCUCGUCUUCAGUAACAAGUGGUGGAGAUAGUGGAAUAGAUGAUGAUUCAAACAGAUCUGGUAAGCAUGAGUCAUUGAGCCACUCUACAUGCAUAUUGCAAACAGGACAUUAUUUUUUGACUACUGUUUUUGUUUUCAAUGAUUAUUUCUCAAAAUAAUAAAUAUUAUUAGAGCAGCAGUAAUGUUUUUGCCAGUGAGCAUACUGUAUUCAUAUUUAAUGUUGAGAAUUAUUAAACCCUCUGAUAAAUAUUAAAAAUUGUCUUUUGUUAAACAGAGUACAAUAAUAGACACACUGGCAGAUUAGUUUGGUUAGCCCAUUAAUGUGCAUAAUGCAAGUCUCUCCUCUUCAAAAGUAAAAUUGUUUUGCAUAGUAGACAGAGUAAGAUAAUAAAGUACUCUGGGCACAUUAUAUAAUAACUACAGUGAAACAUGCAAUUUGAUUGGUCAAUAGCCGUGCAGGAUCAGGCUAUCCUGCAUGAGGAAUUAAAAUGCCUUAGCGGGAUUCUCAAAAUGUCAUUGUUUCACAGACUGUAGUUAUUUUAUAAAACAAUUACCAAAUGGUUUUCCAAGCAGGAUAGCGUAACCAUGCACUUGGGAUGUUGCUCGACUUUCGGAAAGCAUAAAAAUACACUUGUCUGCAGCUCAAGUAUUUUUACGCUUUCCGAAAGUCUCGCAACAUCCCUCAUGCACAGAUCAUGCAAUCCUGCACGGAAAACCAUUCGGUAUUCCUUUAUUGGGGAACAUUGCAGCUAAGUGGGUUAAGGAUUGGGUUCAAAGGUGUGGCCGCAUGGCAAACCCCAACACACCAUGAGAAAUAACCAAAUUUUUCAAACAGUUUGACGCAACCUACAAUCCAUAGAUGGUUGAAUUUAAUUCUUUGUUGUUUCGUUAUCAGGCUCCUCAGCAUCAACCAUGAGUAACCGCAGUGGUCAAGUAAGUUUUCUUUACUUGUCAUACGUUUUGUACAUUUAUUCACAUAGUAUGGAAUCAGCCUUUACUAUUUCAGAACCAUCCUCAAGAGAUAUGAAACACUAGUUUCAUAUUAUUCUGACACUGCAGACACAGAAUACUACACAGAAGGCCAUCUCAAUUGCUUUUUGCGAAAGCGCUAUUCGUCAUGAUCCGUCACUUAGCAAGUACUCUGAACAGUUAGUUUGAAGUAGUCACCCCCUGGAAAUAUCCAUGGCUUUCCCCACACAGUGCCAUUCUGUGUAGUAUAAUAGUAUUCUGUGCUGCAGAGUCAAGGGGAUUGGUAGUGAGUCCUAUCCAAUUUAAGUGGACCAAAUAUUUUCUUGAGACUCUUAGUCUGGUUUACACUAUCAAAGUUUCUGUGAUCACAGUAGGAAUUUUUUGCAUAGGCAAAUUAUUAGGAAGGGUUUGUAAGAAAUAUUUGAGGAAACUGACUUAUUGUUAAACACUGACUAAAAACUUAAGGUGCAUUGGGGUGCAUUGCAGCUUAAUGGGUUAAUUAAAUAGAGGAUAUUACACGGCAGCGCGAAGAUAUGAAUUUUAUCUUCGAGUGGUGAAAACAAUAUUUUACGAGCGAGUGAGUAAAAUAUUGUUUUUAACACGAGAAAAUAAAAGUCAUAUCUUCAAGCCACCGUGUAAUGUUCUGUUUAUUGUAUAGUCCCAAGUAAAAAAAUGUGAAUUUUCACGCUCAAAAGCAAAUUGGAAAAAGUUAUGUGAUUGAUAUCUUCACUAGUGAAGAUAUGGAAAAUAUCUCACUGUGUAUUUUUUUAGUAUCUCACUUUCUACUAUAUAAUAAUAUUUAUUAUACACGUAAGUAAGAAAUCGUAUUUGUGCGUGAGGUUUGGCAUGUAUAAUGUACUCCCACAUAAAUCUUAUCUGAUCCUGCUCAGGAAGGACUUUUUUGUGGUCACGAGUUAUUUCAGGAACUUAAUAAUUGGCAGGAAAUUCUUUUAUACAAAGAAAUCUUUAUUUACGAAGAUAUUACUAUCAAUACUUUAACUAGAAAGUUAUAUCAAACGUGGUGGCCCAGUGUAGGUAGUAUUCUACAAUGAACUGCUCAGUGUGGUUUGUAACUGAACUUCAAGAAGAUAUCUCAAACAUGGUGGUCCAGUGUAGGUAUAUAAGUAUUCUACAAUACAAUACGUGGUGAUGUAGGUAGUUUUCUACAGUGAGAACACUCGACGCCCACGUCUUAGAAAUAUUUUUCUGGUAGGUCAGACGCAAACCUUUGCAGCUUAUUGUAGAAUACCUACCUACACUGGACCACCAUGUUUGAGGUAUCUUUUUCAGGUAGUUCAGACACAAACCACGACAGUUUAUUGUAGAAUACUACCUACACUGGACCACCACGUUUGAGGUAUCUUUUUCAGGUAGUUCAGAUACAAACCACGACAGUUUAUUGUAGAACACUACCUACAUUGGACGUCCACGUUUGAGAUAUCUUUUUCAGGUAGUUCAGACACAAACCACGAUAGCUUAUUGUAGAAUACCUACCUACACUAGACCACCACGUUUGAGAUAUCUUUUUCAGGUAGUUCAGACACAAACCACGACAGCUUAUUGUAGAAUACCUACCUACACUGGACCACCAUGUCUGAGAUAUCUUUUUGAGGGUACUGCUAUCUGUAUUUUUUAAUUGAAAUCUUAUAGAAAUAAAGUAUUCACGCUUAAACACUGCAUGCCACAUAUCAUGUCUUUGAUGGUAUAACCAGCAUUUUAUCAAACUAUACUAAUUGCCAUUAUAAUUGCCGUCAUAUCGUUGGCGUUUGACGUGCUAUCGUGACGUUUUUCGUUUUGUUUUGACGUUUUCCGCGGCACAAAUAUUUGCCGUCGGAGAUUGUUAAAUAUCGUCUUUAGAAUUCUCAAAUUUAUACCAUAUUUAUAUUUCCGUUGGUCAAGGUUAUGUACCUAUAUUAUAAUGGCUUUACAUUAAUGGCGUAUGUCCAAUCACGUGUGACAUGCAUUGCCCAUGCACACAUUUAAUAUAUAUUUAGCACAUAAUUUUAUUUUAAUGGAUAUUUAUACGAUAAAAAUACAUGCCAUGAUAUAUAUAAUUAGGACAUAUUUCUGGUAGCUUCAAGAGUCGUGUGUGUGUGCUGUCUGUGACAAAUAUAAUUAGACUUAAAAAAACAACUCUUUGCAAUUAUGCAAUUAUACUUUAUAGUUUAUAGCUUGGUAAACACAAUUCUCAACAUUUUUACCAUAACUGUAUUCCCGUAAAACCUCAAAACUUCACAGAUGCCAUAGGCAUAGUAAUUUUGUUAAAGCCCAGUAUUUAACUAUAUUUAUCGGAAUGUGAUUAAAAUUUUGUGCACCUAUUAAUGUUGUGCUGUUCUUUCCAAUGCUACAGUUAAUUUGUUCAUAUUGAUACUUUUGAACACUCAGUCCCAGUCUCCUCAUCAAGUCCGGAUUUUAUGUUUAAAAAUAGAAUUUUUUCAGGUAAAAUAUUUGUUUUAAAAGGCAAUUUUGUCCGCCCAACCCCACCUUGUCCCCCUUUAGGAAAUUAGGGCAAGAGUAGCCCUUCUGUGUCCUUCUCCGGUGACCCUGGGCACAGAAUAAAGACAUACAGAAGUGUAACUUCCAUUACAAAACCGUAAGGCGCUUUUUACCGAAAUAGCUGGCGGCCAUGUUCUUAGCAAGUGCCCUAAAGAGAGGCAUUCACCCCCCUGGAAUAUUAAAUUUUCAAUAUGUUUUCAGGGGGGUGACUGCCUCUCUUUAGGACACUUGCUAAGAACAUGGCGGACUGAAAAAAUCCCUUACGCACUUUUAAUAAGAAGAUACACUUCUGUAUGUCUUUAUUCUGUGCCCUGGGUUAUAUUUCAUCCUCAUAUGAGAUUUCAACCAUGAUUUCAACAUAGACCUUAUUCAUAAAUCGUGACGAGGCCUCGUAUCCUAGGAAACGGCGGAAAACGCGGGAAAAUUAACAAAAAAUUACAAAAUGUUUUUUUGCUGUCGGCUAUGGCAGCUUUUUUCGUGAAUAUUACGGCUUUUUUCGAAAAUAAUAUCCAUAAAACUGAGCUUGAAAGUUGAAAAAAAUACUUCUGAGAAAAUAAAACAUGAUAUUUAAAGUAAAAGAUGCUGGAGUCAAUCGAAAAAGGAAACCUUUGACUUUGUAUUAUUGCCAAGUUUGUAUGGCCAAAACAAACAACCAACAAGGCUACAAAACGUCUAUACAACACCAAAAUCGUACGAAAUAUGGAACUAUUGUUGAAGAAAUAGGAUUACAACUCACUCCGAGGUAAUGUAGCCUUCAUUUUUUUACUUGUAAGCUGCUUGCAGAAUGUUAUCGAGCCACAGCCAUAGUUCAUAUUUUUCCGUACGAAUCAAUAACAUUUGACGUUCUCUUGUGAUUUUUGACCAGUUGUUUUCUUUCAAAUUCGAAAAAUUAUACUUUCAUUCCAUAGUUGUCUUGAUUUUUCACGGAAUAUAUUACCUUUAUAUUGACGUUAAAAUCUCAGUAAAAUACUGUUUUUCGCUUCUGGAUAAACACCAUCGCUACGUUGUCAUUUUUUCCACACAAAAACGGGAGAAAAACCAGUCGCUUUUAUAAUAUACUCGUUUACCGCUUUCGUUGUGGUAACAAAGUCUUAAAAUACACACAAAAAUCGUUAUAAAUCGCAACAAGAAACAAGCAGUUAAAGUCGACACAAUAGCAUCUGAAUUUGGCUUGUCAAGCAGUUUUCCCGCGUUUUGUUCCCGUAUCCUAGGAUCAUACGAGGCCUCGUCACGAUUUAUGAAUAAGGUCUAUUCCUCCGACUUUUCAAACCUUCUCAAAAUAUUGUAAAUUAUGGCUUUGCGAUUCCGGUGCAGCGCUCUAACCAACUGAGCUACAGAGGCCAGUUGUCGAGCUGUACCCGUAUAAAGUUCAUAUAUUAAACCUUCCUCGGGUGGUGCCCGCACACCUGCAGCUUUUUUACAACUCUGCCCGAUUUCAGGGAGAGUUUUAUGGCCCAUUUCUACUUAAGAACAUUUUCCGAAAAUAUCAUUGUAAAAUUUUCAAAAUAUUUUUCCGACGGAAAAUUUGUGUCGGCCAAAUCACAUUUUACAAAUUUUUCUUUCCGAGGGAAAUUUUCUUGAGUGGAAAUGGGCCAUCACUUUCAGUUAUUUGUGAGUUCAUGGCUCGACCAGCGUAUCUGUGUGCGUGAUUCACUUUCAUUACACAGCUAUUAUCUCAAACGCCGUAGGGUUCUCACAUUGCUAUUCUUUGACACACCAACCCUGUGUAUUUAAAAAUGUCAAACAUGCAUUAAUAAAAUUUAUCCAUUCUGAUCACAAACAAACUACAUUAUACACAAAAUUUCAUUCGUGUACAUCCAAAAAGAUUCUGUACGUGUUCCGAAGAGCAAUUCAUGUCCUCAGCCACUGUUCGCCACAAAUAAUUGAGCAUUGGAGCUGUGUAUUUGUAUGAUAUAAAUCCUGUAACUGUAUCACACCGUUUGGGGCUGAAAUUUUAACUCGAGGUAUGUACUGCAUUGUGCUAUUUUAAUUAAACGAUAAAUCACAUUUUAUUUUAGUUUAUAUACAAGGAGACAAUAAUGGUUUGACACAAUGUCAAUGUAAAACCAUGCAAUAAUACCCAAGAAUGAUUGAGAAUAUAGUUUGGUUGUAACUUACUGUACGUUAUGGGGCUUGUAUAACGGUAAUCUCACUUUGAUCACAGAUAGCAUUUAUGUAGAAUAAAGGGAAACGAGUAAUCAGAUAAUCCCAGGUGUAUGGCAUAAUGAAAACGGUAUAAACAUUGGAGAUUUAUAUCAAACUUUAUACCAUGCCAGAGUUAAGUUGAGCUGAACCUCGCGGUUUGAUAAUGUAGAUUUGAGGCUGGUUUAAAGCCUGGUAUCGAUUUGGUAGGGGCAGUCGCAAGCAAGCAUGCAUGUCAAGACAGCCAAUGUAUUAGGGCGCGUCCGUUAAACACGGCCAAACCCGACACAUUCAUCAAAUUGUUAAAUGGAAUAGAAAACUUUGGAGUUUCAGAUAGGUGUGACCGAAAACGUGGAUCCAUUUUGGUCGAUUUUGGUCGGGUUUCCGAAAAGCCCAAAACUGUCUAUCAAAUAAGAUACAGAAAUUCUGCUCUGACUGAUCUGAACAAUCAUGCAUUGAUGAAAAGGCGCGCAUAGAUAGAAUUUCAGUAUAUCCUUGUAAUCAGUAUAAAGAUUGAUUUAUUUUUAAAAUUUCCAAUUGACCACUUGCGUAAUAGACUAAAUUUUGAUCUAGACAAAAAUUUCAUCACAGCUUGAAAGAGCAUCACAAAAUUAGUAAUAUUCCAAAGUUUCGUUGCGAAAUGCUGUAAAAUGCAGAUAAUAUAGCCUUGCGAAGUUUGCAAUUUUCAGUCAUUUUAGAUUACAAACGGGAAAUUGACAGCCCAAUACCCUUUGGGGUAAAUUUAUCAGGGGAAACUUUGCUCGUUUGGGCUUUGGACAUCUGGGAAAAGGGCUUAUUCGUGGGUAUCUUAUUAACGCACGUUAAAAGGAUAGAUGGAAUGUUUAUAAAUUUAUUUAUAUACAUGAGUGUUUGUUUGUCCUAUUAACAGUAAUGUAGGGAUUGUGGCAGCUGUGAGUGACUUGUGAAUUUUUAUUUCAUGAUGUAAAUGUUUAUAUAUAGUGUUUCGGUUAUGUUCACAAGUCUGGAACAAGCUAAGUUGUUACCAUCUUGUAACAAGGUUGAUGAGGCCAACUGAUUGCGCCCCAAUACGCGCUACUUUAUUAUGUUACUCUGUCUAACGCCAGACGAUUUUACUCCUAAACGGGAGAGCACUUGCGCUCAAUGGGGUCAAUUCCAAUAGUUCUUAUUUUUCAACUUAAUCCCAAAUCUUUAAUCCUACCCUAAUCGCUAUCUUGAUCGUAACGUAUUUUGAUAUGUCCAGUUCAGUACUGUAUAUAGAUCAGUACUUCAUGAAGGCGUAGAAAAAAUAGGCACACCAUGCGUUCCAUGAAUUGCAUCGAUUACCUUUCUUAUUAUAGUGCAAAGCCAUGCUGCAAGGCAUGCAUUUAGUUGUAUUUUGUUGUAAUUUCGUGUAGCUGAAAAUUGGCAUGCAAAUUUGCUUAAAUAAUACUUUAUUUACUGGGGUUUUUUAUGAUCGUAAAGAUUUAGCUUUACUAUUUACAUGAUAAUGCUGUCGUUAUACCAUAUACUGCAAAACUUUGUUUUAUAUUUUAAAGCAUUACAUCGUAAUCCUUGAUCUGAUUUCUAUAUAAUAAUCUUUAUUUCAAAAGGGUUUAAAAUAUUGUAUAGCCAAUAUUCCUGGUAAGUCAAAAGACUUCUCUUUCCUAGGGCCCACACAAGUGAAACGAUGUACUCCUAAAGGUAUAUGUUACAAAUUACAGCAUUAGAAUGGUCGUUUCAGAAUAUCUUUAUACCAGACUGGAAAUUCAAUUAGCCAUUUCCCAGAGUCCUGGGUCUAGUCGCGCGAAUCCCUUUUUAGAGGGACAAGAAAUAUGGCAGCACACAUUUAAAUUAAAUGUUUAAUGUAAAAAGGAGAUAUUUCAUUUUUGAUUGUGUAAAAAGUUGAUAUUUGAUAGUAGAUACUUCUACUCUUUCACAUAUUUGACGCCUGUCUCUAUAUAUUUUGUCCCUCCAAACGAUCCCAGAAUGCACUGUGAUCUCUUUGGGGAAAAGGCUAAUUAACAAAUCCUGGCAAAUAGCAGCUUUUUAUAGCCCUUGUUUAAUAGAAUUUCUAAAAUUAUAUCUUACGUUUUCUGCUAUACGUAACGUUUAUUUUAUGAUACACGCAGAGUGAUGACGCAUGCACGACCAGAGAAAAUUUUACGAUGAUUAUAAGAGAAAAAAUUUUAAGAUGAUUAUAUUUCGAUUCUAUCACAAAUUCAUCGUCAGACCAAGUAAUAUACUGGAAUUUUUUUUCCAAAUCCUUGGUUCACACUAUCAAAGUUUCUGUGAUCACAGUAGGAAUUUUUCAUAGGUAAUUUCUAAGUUUUGAAGGAUUUGUAAGAAAUGUUUGAGGAAACUGACUCGCUGUUUAACACUUAGUUAAUUCCUUCUGACAUUUCUUACAAAAUCUUCAAAACUUAGAAUUUACCAAUGCAAAAUUCCUACUGUGAUCACAGAAAUUUGAUGGUGUAAACUAUAUAGCCUUCAUACCAAUCCGUAACCAUAACAAAACCCCCACACCAUUACACCAAGAAUGUAGCUUUUCUAUAUAAUGCCCGCUUUUCAUUCCGAAUGCUUGCGAAGCAGGGUGCCUAGUUAACUCCUGUUGACAUCCACAAACGUUCACACAAAGCUGAAUCAUUGGUGCAUGUCUAGGUCAAAUAUUAUUGGUCAAAGGGCUCAUUAAAAUAUGUUGGAUAAAGGUUUAUUAAUGCCGAGUUAUGUUAAUUUCACGUUUUGAAACUUCGCUACUGAGAACUAAAUUAUUCAGCUAUUUUAUGAAUCUUAAUUCCUCAAUGUGGGUUGAAAUUAUCGAGGUUGCGAUUCCUUCCUUUGUGGAACUUAUGUGACUGCUUUUAAGUUGAAUUGUAUCUAUUUGACUGGUAUCAACGUCAGGAUAUCUUCAAUUUCCUUCUUUGAUGUGUUUCCAAACAAAGUUCUGCAUCGCUUGGCUCUGAAGGGUUAAAUUAUAAACUUAAAUUGUGUUUUCGUCACUUGAAUCAAGAGUCUUUCAAAAUGCCAGUGCCGGGUUAUCGCAGAAGCCGUCUGGUAAGUGUCUCAGAUAUUCUAACCACCAUUCUAAUGUUCUAAUUUGUAACAUAUACCUUUAGGCAUACAAUUCAUGGAUUAGCUAUAAUACACUAUGGUAUUAAUGGAGUCUAUGCCCAAACUAUGUAAACACAAAUUUACGUUUAACAAAUGCUUUUGAACUACAUGUAUUUAAUUUAGUAGUUGAGGCAUUUAAUCUGGACAACCUUAUUCUAAUUUCUUUAAUUGAUACAUUUUAGUGCAAUCGAAAUCUUUUUUGUAUCAUUCCAUAGUAACUUGCUGUAUAUUGGUUUGUAAUAUGCCAUAAUUUGCGAGAAGUUUCUAUAUGUAAUUACUUUUGAAAUGGCAAAAUGACAGAUAUGCAAAUUUUUCGAUAAUUUCGUAAUGUUAUUGUGACCUUAGAAAACUUGGCCUUGUGAAGUUUUAGUUUUAAUACUGUAAAUAGCACGCGUGCGAUAUUUUGAGGUUUUUAAUUGUACCUCACUGACACAUAUUUGAGCUGGUACAAGCUUGAGACUCGUAAGAACUGUUUAAGGCUACUGACUCGGUGUUAAACAAUGAGCCAUUUCUUACAAAUCCUUCAAAACUUAGAAAUUUACCUAUGCAAAAUUCCCACUUUGAUCACAGAAAGUUUGUUAACGUAAACCAUCCUGAAACAAAACCCAGUAUUCUGAAAGGUAUCCGAUCAAGCAUCCUAAAAAUACGAGUUAGAAUAACAAGGGGGCAUAAUACCAACAAAUCUUUAUCGCGAUUUACGAGUCGAUUUAAAAUUUGAUGUUAACAUUGACUAUGAAUGUACCAGAAUGAAAAGAGCAAGUCAAAAUUAGUGUGGCGCUAUUUUUAAAACCAGAUUUCAUUAGAAUAUAUAUAUAGGGGGAUUUGCAUGCAUGGAAUCGAGUCAUGACAAGCAUGCAAAAUUCCCAUACAUUUCCUAUUAAUUUUUCUGCUUUUAGAAACGACCCUAUAAUAGUGCCACAGUUUUGAAAAUUUACGCCCGUAUUCUAAAAGCUCACUCACACUCAAUGAGUGGAGGUUUAAUCUGAGCUUCUCUGAGUGUCAAUGUUGUUCUUGAAUAGCUGGAGAGGGAGUAGUCACUGAAUAAGGUAUGACACUAACCCUCCAGCUAUUCAAAAACAGCAAUGACACGCGGGGGAAGCUCACAUUGAACUUCCACUAGCUCUUUGAGUGUGAGUGAGCUUUAAGAAUACAGGUGUUAGUGUCGUAACUUACUAUGUGGCUACUAACCUUCCAGCUAUUCAAAAACAGCAUGACGCUCGAGAGAAGCUCAGAUUGAACCUCCACUCAUUGAGUGCGAGUGAGCUUUUAGAAUACGGGCGAUAGCCUCGACAUUUUGUACACUUAUUAACUUUGGUCUGCUGUUUUCAUUCAGUAUUGUAUUAUAUAGAGUGCUAACGUUGAAUUGAAAUUUACUCAAAACGUGACGAAGUUCUGUUACAUGUAAAAAAAAGCACAUACAAUUGGCUCUAAAAUUUCUUCUUAGUCCAAUUUUAUCUCCGAUCAAUCAAAUCAUCUUUCAUACCAGGCCUUGUGGGAGAUAUAUAGGUUUUACACUGUAUAUGUACCUCCUCCGCAGGCCCUCGUUGCGUCAUGGGAAGGUCACGAUUUCGAGAGGGCCUGCGGAAUCUUGUAAAAAAAAUGGCGCUGGCGUCACGUCAGCAAGUAAAUUUCUACAUAAUCUUGGAUAUAAACAGAUAUAAAAAAGCGGCGUGAAACUUAUAAAUUAAACUGGCGACUCUUAGGACGUGGAAGGAAGCAUUUUUUAACGAUAAGGUUUGCUGUCUACACCAAUGUUGCACAAAUAAAACUGCCUUCUUUAACGAGGCAGGUUCAAAACAACAUUUAUUCAUUUUACAAGAUUCCGCAGGCCCUCGCCAGAUCGUGACCUUCCCAUGACGCAACGAGGGCCUGCGGAGGAGGCAGAUCUUGAUACGCGGAAAAGUACUGGCACUAGUUGUCAAAUAGAAAUCCAUUUUAUGAUUAAAACAACUGAAUAUCUCCUGUAAUAUACUUUCUUUCGAUUCCAUAUUUUUGUCAGAGCUAUAGUUCUCAUAACCAAACAUAAUUACAAAAUUUCAACUAGUUUCAUAAAGAAUAACGAAAGAUAUAAUUGACUGAAUACAUCAAAAUGGAUUUCUAUUCGGACAACCCUUUCUGAGCGCUGAUUGGCUAAAAUACGAACACGAGAUCACCUGGUACCUAUACUUAAUUGUGGUUUUGAAUUGGUUGGGCCGGGAAAGGUCACUUGAUAUGAGCCGAAAUGCAAGUAUGUAGUAGAUACAUUCGUGAGUUCUGCAUACAUACGAGUUCCGCAUACAUACAUAUUUGCUGAAACCAAUAGGCAAUUCCAGCUUUUAGUUUAUGCCUGCAGGGAAUGUUGGGAAGUAAGGUAUCGUAUUGCUGAUUAUGCCGAAAAAUUUCAAUAAAAACUGCCGAAAUAUUUCAAUAUUUACAAGUAUAAGCUAUCACUCCGUGUUUACACGGCCGCCAUUUUUAUUUUUUCAGCAUAAUCAGCAAUGUGAUACCUUACUUCCCACCGUCCCCUGCACGCAUAAACUAAAAGCUGGAAUUGCCUAUUACUUGCUAAAUUGUGACUAGAAAUUGUGACUUAAUAUCAUGAUCAAACGAGGAUGAGAGUUGGCAUGAGCUUGGUUAGCUGUUCUUAAUGCUUUCCCAACACUAUCAUGUAUUUUAUUUAAGUUGAAACAUAGUUGGAACACUCAUUGAACCUUUAUUACUUAAUCUAGAGCUUGAAAUGUCCCCCGUACAAAGCAUGACUACGAACUCUUAUCCUCGUUUUCCCAUCCCAUAAUCUACAGUUGUUUGAAGUAUUUUGAAUAAUUUUUAAAUAUUUGUUUUCCCAGAUGACGGGUGAGUCAAGGACAAUACCAGCAGGAAAUGGUAAUGCAUGUUGUUGAUAUUUUCUUUAUAAUGUUCUCGUAAUGAUCUCUCAGUUUAUUCAUUCAAGUUUAAAGAGGAACGAGAGCUUGCAUGAGAGUUUUCUCAACUCUCAUGCGCUGGUCAAACGAGAACAAGAGUUACAUCAGAAUUGGUGAGAGUUGAGAAGCGAGAGUUUGCAUGAGAGUUUUCUCAACUCUAAUGCGCCGGUCAAACGAGAACAAGAGUUACAUCAGAGUCGAGAAGAGAGGGUUUGCAUGAGAGUUUUCUCAACUCCCAUGCGCCGGUCAAACGAGAACAAGAGUUACAUCAGCGUUGAUGAGAGUUGAGAAGCGAGAGUUUGCAUGAGAGUUUUCUCAACUCUCAUGCAACUCUUGUUCUCGUUUGACCAGGGCAUGAGAGUUGAGAAAACUCUCAUGCAAACUCUCGCUUCUCAACUCUCAUCAAUGCUGAUGUAACUCUUGUUCUCGCGAGAAUUUGCAUGAGAGUUUUCUCAACCCUCACGUCCCGGUCAAACGAGAACGAAAAUUGCAUCAGAGAUCGACUUUCAUCAAAAUUUGAACCAGCUCAAACGUGAGCGAGACUAACAUCAACGCUCGUUUGACCGUGGUGUUUUCGACAAAUUAAAAUUGAUCAAUCACAUUUAGUUAACAUUUAUACCAAAAGUGGUAAAGUCAGUAAUGACUAAUGGUCAUUGUCGGAACAUAAAAGCAGUCAUUACAGGACUCCAAGUGCUGCGUUAUCAAAUCAUUGUUUAUAUUCUCUGCCGCUACAGUGAACAAACUAACAACAUUGUCACUCCUUGAUGACAAUAUUGCUAUAUGGCCUGUUAGGAACGCACUUUGUUGACAAGAUCUGAGGUUUUUACUCAUCAAAUUUUUCUUUGUUACAGAGCAAUCUUCAAAUCCAUUCACCGCAACUGUUCGUAGCAACUUUCAUAUCGAGGUACAUAUAUAUAAGGCUUGAAAAUUGUUGUGUUGAAUUUGGUUG